GGAAGCAGCUGUAAAAUGUCGUGAGGUACGCCGCUGCUUUACGGCUGCCUCUCCCGGACGCGAGCCCCGGAGCGCCCACCGUCUUGAGCUGUGUCUUUGAACGAGUCGGGUCAGCUGAGAGUGAGGGGCCCGGUCCGCCGCCAUCGUCUCCACAGCGCCUGUUCCAGCCCCUGGCGAUGUGAGCUCGUGGAGGGAUUGGUGCCCCCUGGCCCGGGAUUGAGACGGGCGACAGGUGCCUGUGAAGCGGGCGGGUGCUGGGGGCCAGCAGGAUGGAGGAAAGCAUGGAAGAGGAGGAGGGGGGCAGUUAUGAGGCGAUGAUGGACGACCAGAACCACAACAACUGGGAGGCCGCAGUGGACGGCUUCCGGCAGCCCCCACCACCUCCGCCGCCCCCCUCGUCGAUUCCAGUCUCUGCCCGAGAACCUCCGGGGGUACAGCUGCUGGCGGUGCCCGCGGUCUCCGUGGACAGGAAAGGACCCAAGGAGGGGCUUCCUAUGGGGCCGCCGCCACCGCCGGAGGCCAAUGGGGUGAUCAUGAUGUUGAAGAGCUGCGACGCGGCCGCUGCCGUGGCCAAGGCGGCCCCCGCCCCCACCGCCAGCUCCACCAUCAACAUCAACACCUCCACCUCCAAGUUCUUAAUGAAUGUUAUAACUAUUGAAGAUUAUAAGAGCACAUACUGGCCAAAAUUGGACGGUGCCAUAGAUCAACUUUUAACCCAGAGUCCUGGUGACUAUAUCCCCAUAUCCUAUGAACAGAUAUACAGUUGUGUAUAUAAAUGUGUAUGCCAGCAGCACUCGGAACAGAUGUAUAGUGAUCUGAUUAAAAAGAUAACUAAUCACUUAGAGAGAGUCUCAAAGGAGCUGCAGGCCAGCCCUCCAGAUCUCUAUAUUGAAAGAUUUAAUAUAGCUCUUGGGCAAUACAUGGGAGCAUUGCAGAGCAUUGUGCCUCUUUUCAUAUACAUGAAUAAGUUUUACAUCGAAACCAAGCUUAACAGAGACUUAAAAGAUGACCUUAUAAAGCUGUUUACGGAGCAUGUUGCAGAAAAGCACAUUUACAGCCUAAUGCCUUUACUUAUAGAAGCCCAGUCAACACCAUUUCAGGUCACACCUUCAACUAUGGCAAAUAUUGUGAAAGGCCUGUAUACUCUCAGACCAGAGUGGGUUCAGAUGGCUCCAAAUUUAUUUUCUAAAUUUAUUCCAAACAUUCUCCCUCCGGCCAUGGAAUCUGAACUUUCUGAAUAUGCUGCUCAAGAUCAGAAACUUCAAAGAGAACUUAUACAGAAUGGUUUUACGAGAGGUGACCAGUCCCGGAAGAGAGCUGGGGAUGAGUUGGCUUAUAACAGCUCGUCCGCAUGUGCAAGUUCCAGGGGGUACAGAUAGUGAAUGUAUUGGAAGUGCUUUCCUGAAAAGAGGACACACUGGAACUGCAGAGACUUUUCAGAGCACAGCUGGGGCCUGCAGACACUCAGGAGCUCUGUCACAAAGCUGUUCUUAGAAGAGGAUGUUGGACUUCUUACUUUGGUUUGUAAUUUUACAAAACAAAAAAUUAACAAAAAACAAAAACAUAAAAACAGUUGCUGCUAGACUUGGGGUGAUUUUGAAAUGGGACAAUCUUCUAAUGCAUUUAUGUAUAGAUUCUAUGAGGAGCACGCAUCUUAGAAAGUGACCAUUGCUAAGUGAAAUCCGACAGCCAAAAUCAGCAGCUUCCUCCAAAAAUAUAAAAGCAGAAGCAUCUUUUUUUUUUUUGAAGCACUUGUUUUGUUAAUUGUGGACUUGGCAUUUCUGUGUAUCGGUUUCACAUGUCAAAGGUAUCUUUUGCUUUAAAAUCAAGCAGAUCAUUACAAUACAGUAUUUGUCACCCAUAAUCAAAACAUCCCCCUUUAAAAGAGUUGGUCUUUGUUUGGCAUUAGAAACCUUAAAUGCUAACUCCGCUUUUACUGGAAUGUCCCAUCAGUUCACAACUUUUUCUCCUCUGUGCCUUGAGCUUUGUGCACUUUGCAACUGUGUAACCAUGUUGUCAAACUCACAAAUGCCUCCUGGAGAAGUUUUUGGUGUUCCAAAUUAACCCGCAAAGAUGGCAGGUGUGACUUUGUAGCAGGAUGCUAAGUAAGUGGGAAAAUAGAAACCUGUUGCAGGUUCGUCAUAUUUGCCCUUGCUUUGACAGAGUGUGUUUGUAUUAAUGUUGGGGACCAACUCUUGUAGAGCAUUUCCAUUUCCUCUGUCACGUAACAGGCUUCCCCAGCUGCAGAAUAUUGGCAAUAAUCUAGUUUAGGGGUGGGCAGUACGUUAGCACUAAAGUGCCCCUUUGAAUGUUGUUGAGAGGCUGCUUCCUGUGAUGCUCUAGGAAGCAGAUAGUUACUAAAUCCAAAUAUAAUCAAUGUAUGGGGUUCUUGAUCCAUUUCAUUUUAAAUGAGUGAGGUAAUUGCUCUUAAAAAGUCUGCAGUCUGCAUCUUUUAAACAUAUUCGAAUGUCAUGAAGAAGUAGCACUGCUGUUUUAAGGCUCCCUCCAGCUGUGGCAAAGCUGUAUUUUAUUCCUCCCUACCCGCAGUGCUGUUUAUUUAGUUCUUCAUAAUAGUCUCUGAAGCUUAUUCCAGCUGGUUUUGAAAGACAACAAUAGAAAGAUGUGGCAACAGAAAAAUACUUUUUUCUUCUGAAUUUUGCUGAAUCUAAAUUGAGCCAUAUGCUUCACUCUAUUGGGCUGUGUCACACUAAUAGUAUUUACCUCUUCAGUGAACUUGAGCGGAAAAAGGAAGAUAUGCCAGGGACACUGUAACACUUAUGAUUUGAAUGUUUUUCAUAUAGGUUCCUCUGUCAGAUAAGUUUGCCAUUUUGGGGAAGAGGGGUGGGUGGGAGAGUUUGAAGUGGGAUGUUGGGAGCAGUCAGUUAUCUAAUGUUAGAAGUUCUUGAUCUGUAAAAUCAUUAUGCAGAGAAGUAAAAGUCAAGGUUGUCAAAUUUAUUUUUUAAAUACUCAUUGACCAGAGUUGGUGGAUUUUGUGGAGGACUUUAAUUGGACUCAUUUAACUCUGUAAGCAUCUUGGAUUGCAUUGAUGAACACAAUUACUGUAAGACUUUAUACUGGCUCUCCCUAUGACCUGUACAGUUAAAUGUGAUACACCAUUAACAUUUCUGUUAUCAAGGAAGAGUUCCAUUUUAUCAUGAUGAUCUGAUUUUACUUUUUUCAAUGGAAUGCUUACUGCAGGCUUAUAAUUAGCACCUGUAUAAUUAGCACCUGGAACAGAAAUCUUUCUUGAGUGGUUUUAAUAAUAAUUCUGCCAGAAACAUUUCUUUAAAUGUAGGUGAAUUCUUUGGGAUCCUAAUAAUACACCCAAGUGCUUUUUGUGGGAAAGAACAUUCAUUUUUGACCAACAGAAGAAUCUUCCCUUCAAAAGCAUUGCAUUAAUGAUGUGACUUGGCAUUAAAAUCCUUAGAUGCUUUUGCAUUAAGUUAAUGGAGAAAUAUUUUAUAUCCUUUUAUUGUGUAUAUAUUAACAAAAAGUUGGCAAAGUAAAAUUUGCAAAAUUUAAUUUCUCUAAAUUUUUGCACAGUGAUCAGGGCUUGGUACUACAAAUCCAUGGUUGGAAGGCACUCUAGAAAGGGCGUACACGUGGCCCUGGGUGUUGUUACUCAUCAUCUUGAGCCCCUCUGAGGUACAUUGCAGUAUGAAGAACCUAUUUCUUGAAAUUGACUCGCCUUUUUUGGGGAUUAUUGACAGAAUUCUUAGUUUGCAUCGUGAAAAGAAAUAAAAUUUUCCACCCCCAUCCCCUGCCAUUUUGUAUUGACUAAAAAUUAUUUGCCAGAAAGUAUUUUCUUCUUGUGUUUUCUUAUAUGCUUGCCAGUACAGUAUAGUUUUUCUACCCGGUGAAAUCCUAGCUUUAGCACCAAAUCAUUGAAGGCCCAAACCAUUAAAGACAGAAAAUGGUACAUGUAGAUUCAUUAUCAAGUUAGUCAACACAUGCAGUUGAUUGGCUAAACUAAGUAUGUAUGUGCAGCUUGAAACCAGACCCUUAAGAAAUAAAGCCAAGUUAGACACCUUGAAAUAAUGGUGUGUAAUAGUAAAUAGAAGGUAAUUGUUUUGAAAGACGGUAUGUAUUUUAAGGGUCGGCAUUAAGCUUCAGUAAUGGUGUCAUCUCAUGACCUCUGUUAUCACAGCUGUACCCUAACCAAACAUGAAUCACUGUUCCAUUUUCUUUAGGGCAGAAAGCAAAACCUAAUGUUGUGACUCUUAGCCUGAUACAGUUCUUAGGCACAGUUAAGAAGAAAACCUGAACGCACAAGUUGUGCAUUGUUAAAUUUUGUGGCAGAGUUACUUUUUUUCCUUCCCCGUUUGUAAGUUUGCAGCAGUUAACUUGCCUUUUUAGGAGGUCUAGGAUGAAAGCUAAUUUGUGGGUAGAUGAGAUUGCAGAAUAGAUGCCCAUGGCCAUGAGCACUGUACAUAUGUCUUCCAGUGCUAGACCCGUACAGCUGCCACUCCCUUGCUAUCUGCCAUGCUUUCUGUUGGGUUGCAAAUUUGCACACAUAAAUAAUUCCUCAGGAAGAGUUUGCACAUAUCACCUCUCAGUAUGCUAUACUGACCAAACAAGGGAUUUGAAUGGUUUUCAGAACAAAAGUAACUUCUAACUAAGUUCUAAGAGGAACUUCUAAGUUCUAAGUAGUGGUCCAGGCAUGUACUAGCAAAGGUAAUGGUGAUCCAGCAAACAAAAUUGGUUUCUGCAGUUAUAAAGUGAGCAGGCACACUUGUAUCAUAGUAUUUAAAUAAUCCUUAAUCCCUUUAAACAGUAACCCUUCCAGAUUUUGUUCUCUUAGAGGGUGGCUAUAUUUUCUUCUAUUUUUUUUCUGAUUUAUAGUAGUUAAUUAUUUCUGUGAUUAUUAUGCAAAAGGUAUUGCCCUUGAGCUAAAAUUCAAUUGUUUAAUAAGCAGCUAUUAUUAAAAUAACUGAGCAUUGUUUUAUGAAUAUACACUAAUCUGAGAUAUUGAAAAGCUUUACAACUAAAAAGCAAAACAAAAAAACCUACAUUAGUUAUCCAGCCAUUGUUCAGAUGUUUUGAGUUGACUUUUUAUGUUGUCUCAUUGGGCUUUUUAGCUUGGAAUAAUGUUUACUUUAAUCCAAGUCUGGGCCUCUUAAGGGGACCUAAAAAUUUAAGGUCAGAAUGUCAGUCCCUUGAUGUGACACCUAUAAGAGGUUCAUAGGACCUUUUUGGUUGUGAUUACUGUUUUCAAUAAGACUGUAUAAGAUGAAGUUCACUUACCAGAUGUUAAAAUGGAGGUCGUAGGAGUUCAGGGAAAAAUUACUAUCCUGUUGUUUUUCAUUACUCUGUUGAAAUCGCCCUAGUUUCUGGCCCCUAGAAUAUAUAAAAGGAGCCCUGUUCUUUUCCAAGUGAAAUGAUUCCUCUUUUGUUUCUGUGGUUGAUUAACUGAAAUUGUCACUGACACCUCUCCUCCACUGGCGGAGAUCCUAAUUUGAACCUCUCUUCAGAGCCGAGUGGAUUGAGCACAUACACUGUUACUGCUUAUGGAGUGGCUGUGGGAGAAUCAGAGAAAAUGCUAAUCAGAAAUCUGUUUUUACAGUAACCUGCUAUAUAGUGCACCCCUGCUGGUUGAAAAUUAUCUUCAUUUCUGGUUGGACUGAAUUGUUUCGAGAAAUGUUAAUGGCUUACAAUUCUGGGAAGUUUAUAGUGUGGCCCUGGGGUUAACAAGUCUGUGGUUUGGAAAAAAAUAAAUAUUUUGUAUUGAUUCUCA